GGAGACAGAGAGGGAGGGAGAGAGAGAGAGCUGCUAUUACUAGUGACAGAAAACGGCAGCGAGCACAUACAGUCUGGAGAGCAGUUGAUGCGACAAGCGGUGGACUGCGGUGUCCUACAGCCUGAUCCAUGUCCUCUCUCCGUGCUGUUGUUGUGUGUCCGCAGAUGCUGAGCGUCGCCUUGCUGUGUGUGUGCGCCGUCGCCUUUGGACACGUCUCCGCUCGCUCAGACAGCGGCAAUUUUUUGGAUGAUAAGUGGCUCGCUGGGAGAUGGGAUAAAUUCAGAGAUGAGCCUGGAACAUGGACUCCAUCCAAGCCAUUCGAUCAAGGCCUUGAUCCAGCCAAAGACCCAUGUCUUAAGAUCAAAUGCAGUCGCCACAAGGUGUGUGUGGCUGAGGAUUAUAAGACUGCCUCUUGUGUCAGCCAGAGGAGAGUUAGUUUUAAAGAUCCCAGUUUGUACCAGAGUCCGGGGUCAAAGUGCAAACCCUGUCCUGUGGUCCACCCCGCUCCUGUUUGUGGAACUGACGGCCACACCUACUCCACCAAGUGUAAGUUAGACUACCAGGCGUGCAUCACAGGAAAGAAGAUCGCUGUAAAGUGUCCUGGCUUGUGUCCUUGCCCCUCUCAGCCUGAACAGAUCUCUGCAGAGAAGAAAGUGUGCAGUGAGUUGGAGCUGAAGGAGGUGGUGAGCCGUCUGAGAGACUGGUUCAGAGUGCUGCAUGAGAAUGGCAUCCACAAGAGAGUCAAGAUCCAGAAGCCAGAGAAGAACAAGUUUGAGGUUGGGGCGUCACCCAUUUGUAAGGACCCUCUGGGCUGGAUGUUCUCCCGGGUGGACACAAACUUUGACCUCCAGCUGGACGAGGCAGAGAUCAAGAGCCUCUAUCUGGACAGGAACGAGCCCUGCUCCGAUGCUUUCUUCAAAUCCUGCGACACACAUGCCGACGAUGUUAUAACCAGCUCUGAGUGGUGCACAUGCUUCCAGAGGUACACAGAUUCCCCUUGUAAAGCAGAGCUGUCCAGUAUCAACAAAAAGCAAGCGGGGAAGAAACUGCUUGGUCAGUAUCUGCCAUCCUGUGAUGAGGACGGUUACUACAGGUCUCACCAGUGUCACAGCAGCAGCGGCCAGUGCUGGUGCACGGAUCGCUAUGGCAACGAGGUGGCCGGCUCACGCACCCAUGGCCCAGCAAACUGCGGCGUGAUUUUGGAGUCUUCAGGAGACCUCGGCAGUGGAGACUCGCUGUUCACUGAUGACGAUGAAGAUUCCUUUGUCCUCAACGACCAGGCCGGGAUGGACGACGAGGACGACGAGGACGAGGAUGAUGACGACGACAACGACGAAUAUCUGUCGUAAUUUUGAAAAAGAAAACACAAAAAAGAAAAAAGAGAAAACUGUUUGUUUGGUCAAACUGCACGUUUCUAGGUGACUCCCCAGGCAGAUACUUAAUCGUACUAACAGCCUAUGGACUACUCUCUGUGUAUUGUUUGUUCAUUAGUAAGAAAAAAAAACCAAUAUUCCUGGCAAACGUUUAUGAUUUCUCUUCCUCUCUAAGUAUAAAAUAUGAUUGGUUAAUGGCACUUGUUCACUUGUGUGUCAGCCAAACAGAAAACCUGACAAGGACUAAUCAACAAACCAAUCCAGUGCUUUGGAUUUGGUCACGUGUGCAAAGACCUCUCCCUUCAUUGGACAGUCCAUGUCUUCUAGUGUAUCCUGUCCAUGUGCAGCACUCCGAUGCCUGAGUGUGUUGAUGCCUGAGGCGCAAUGUUAAAGAGAUUUCCCCUUCAUUCCUUCAUCCUCAUACCCCCCCCCCAAACACUUUUACUCCUUAUCAAAUGUUCCUGUGUAUAGGUGGGAUGUUGAUGAUGUAGAUAAGAGAAUAUUGCACUCUUUAGGUUUCUUUUGAUCUUGAUUUGUAACUGUGACUGUAACUGUGUGGAAAAACAAGAUAAGAGUUAGACAUGCUUCAUUAGGAGAAUUAAGGCUAAAAAAA